AACUCACAGCUUUGUUCUAUUAUAUAGUGUGAUUCUACAUAAAUAUAUAUAAAUAGUAUUCUGACAAGAAAAAUGCUGACAAUUAUAUUGUUUUUGGUAGCACUACUUCCUCUAUACUAUGCGUUUUGGAUUAACAAAUGGAGAAACCCAAAUUCCAAAGGUGUUCUGCCUCCAGGGUCCAUGGGGUUCCCUGUCAUUGGAGAGACCCUGCAGCUCCUCAUUCCCAGUUUUUCUCUAGAUAUUCAUCCAUUCAUCAGAAAGAGAACGCAGAGGUAUGGACCCAUAUUUCGAAGUAAUUUGGCCGGUCAGUCUAUUGUGAUCUCAACUGAUCCUGAAUUCAACCGUUACAUUCUAACUCAGGAAGGAAGAUUAGUUGAAAUUUGGUAUUUGAAUACAUUUUCUAAGAUAUUUUCACUGGAAGGUGAAUCAAGGACAACUGCUGCUGGUGAAAUCCACAAAUAUAUGCGAGGCACCUUCUUAACUCAGUUUGGUUUAGAGAGGCUCAAGGAAAAGUUGCUUCCACAGAUAGUAAAUAUGGUGAACGAAACUCUAUACUCAUGGUCUACCCAAGAAGUUAUAAAAGUGAAACAUGCUGUUUCCACAACAAUUUGCGAUUUUACUGCUAAGAUUUUUUGCGGUUAUGAUGCCAGAGUAUCUCCUGAUAAGUUAAGUGAGUGCUUUACUACAUUUGCAGAAGGUCUCAUGUCGUUUCCAUUGAAUCUUCCUGGUACUACGUACUAUCAAUGUCUCAAGAACCAACAAAAGGCAAUCAACAUUUUGAAGAAAAUGGUCAAAGAGAGGCGCACCUCAGCUGAGAAGCAUGUAGAAGACUUUCUGAGUACGGCAUUGAAUGAUAUGGAGAAAGAGAAGUUCUUGACAGAUGAUUUUAUAACCACGCUUUUGUUCGGCCUUUUGUUUGCCAGCUUUGAGACAAUAUCAACAACAAUGACUUUAAUGCUCAAUCUCCUUUCAUCUCACCCUUCAGUGUUACAAGACUUAAUGGCUGAACACGAGAGCAUUCUCCAAAAUAAACCUUUGGAUUCCUCGAUCAAAUGGGACGAAUAUAAAUCGAUGACUUUUACCCAUCAGGUUAUUAAUGAAACUCUUCGGUUGGGAAAUGUUGCACCUGGCCUGUUGCGAAAAGCCAUUAAAGAUGUUCACUACAAAGGAUACACUAUUCCAGCUGGUUGGACUAUAAUGGUAGCUACAUCAAUCCGCCAUGUAAAUCCAGAGAUAUACAAGAACCCACUUGUGUUUAAUCCUUAUCGUUGGAAGGACCUUGACUCCCAUAUUAUAUCCAAGAAUUUCACUCCCUUUGGUGGAGGAACCAGACAAUGUGUUGGAGCAGAGUACAGUAGAGUGAUAUUAGCCAUUUUCCUCCAUGUUUUAGUCACUAAAUAUAGGUGGACAAUAAUUAAGGAAGGAAAGAUUGGACGAAAUCCUUUGUUAGGAUUCGGAGAUGGUGUUCAUAUGAAAUUCUUUGAGAAGCAGUAGCUUGAUGUAGUUGAAGAGGAAAUUGUAUUUCUAUUUAUAGCUAUUGAAUCAAUAAUUGUCUCCAGUAAUCUAAAUGUUUUAUUUUAUGAGUUCAAAACUGAGAAUCAAAUUAUAAUAUAAGUUUACUUCUAAGUUA